UGGCGUUUAUUUUCCAACAGUUUUCUACCCGAGUUUAACGGCCACUCUCAAACACACACACACACAUACUGUUCGCUGUUAAAAAAUAGACGGAACAAAAAGUUCAAGAGGAAAAAUUCAAGUGCACAUAAUUUGGCCAUCGCACAGUGCACAGAUUUUGUGAGGGGGAAAUUUUUGGCAUUUUUGCAGCUUAACUUGCUAAACUAUUUGAAAAUUUUGGUGCAAUGUUUUUCGCCUCUCUUACUUAAAUAGAAAGAAAAAAAUAUACAGUUAGAUAUAGGAAAAACAAAAGGAAACGCCGCCUGGCAACGCCUAUCCUCCUCCCCAUAUAAUCACAAAAAGGGUUGUGAAUAAAUUUCGGCCUUGUUGGUUCAAUAAAGUUGGAAAGAAAAAAGAAACGUUGGCAACAUGGCCGUUGUUUGGGACGUGAGCCAAUGGACGCAGGCGUGGCGGAUUGACAGUCUUCAGCCAACGGUCCGCUCGAGCGGUACAACAACUACGAGCGGUAUAACUACCAGCAUGUACGGUCGCCAAGCUGGCGGUGUCAAUCAAUCGGUUGCGAAUGGCACCUCGAAUAGUGGAGGAAAUAGUGGUGGCGGAGGUGCCCAGGGACAUGAUAAACUGAAAAUUGGUUUUUGCACGGAUCUGGAUAAAUCGGUUUUGGUCAACAAUUUCGAGAAACGCGGCUGGCAUCAGGUGAAUGGCGAUGAUGAUUGGCAUUUCUACUGGGCCGGUGUGCAAACCUGCCGGAAUAUAUUCAGUGUGGAUAGUGGUUAUAGGAUGCAUGACAACCAGAUGAUCAAUCAUUUUCCCAAUCACUAUGAACUGUCUCGCAAGGAUUUGCUGGUCAAGAACAUCAAACGCUAUCGCAAAGACCUCGAAAGGGAUGGCAAUCCUCUAGCAGAGAAAACGGAAUCAAAUAAUUCCAGUGGCACUAGAUAUUUGUAUCUGGAUUUUGUGCCCACAACAUUUGUCCUACCAGCAGAUUAUAAUAUGUUCGUUGAGGAAUAUCGCAAGUUUCCACUGAGUACUUGGAUUAUGAAACCCUGUGGAAAAUCCCAAGGAGCGGGCAUCUUUUUAAUCAACAAAUUAUCCAAACUGAAGAAGUGGUCGAGGGAGGCCAAGGGUCCUUUUCACCCCCAAAUAGCAAAGGAGUCGUAUGUGAUUUCCAGAUAUAUUGACAAUCCCCUGCUGAUUGGUGGUAAAAAAUUUGAUCUACGCCUUUACGUCCUCGUGGCUUCCUUUCGACCCUUGAAAGCUUACCUAUUUAAGCAGGGUUUCUGCCGUUUUUGUACUGUCAAAUACGAUACUAGUGUUACGGAAUUGGAUAAUAUGUACGUUCAUCUCACCAAUGUGAGUGUGCAGAAACAUGGUGGCGAGUAUAACACCCUCCACGGUGGCAAGUGGUCUGUUCAAAAUCUGGCUUUAUACCUAGAAGGAACCAGGGGAAAAGAGGUCACAGAUCGUCUGUUUGGAGCUAUAUCCUGGCUAAUAGUGCACUCCCUACGGGCUGUGGCUCCUGUAAUGGCCAGUGAUAGGCAUUGUUUCGAAUGUUAUGGCUAUGAUAUCAUCAUAGACAAUGCCUUGAAACCUUGGCUUGUGGAGGUCAAUGCCUCACCUUCGCUAACUUCAACCACUGUCAACGAUAGGAUCCUGAAAUACAAGCUGAUUGAUAAUAUUCUAUCUGUGGUUCUACCCCCUGACGGAGUUCCUGAUGUCCGUUGGAAUAAAGUUCCCAGUGCCGAUGCUUUGGGCAACUUUGAGCUGCUCAUCGACGAGGAGUUGGCCGCCCAGGAUGAACAACACCAGAACAGCAGCAAUAAUGCCCAUAAUAAAACCUCUAAGAUGGGCAGCCGAUGGAAGUGACGAAAGUAGAUUUGGGGAAGGGAACCUUGGGAUCUUUCUUAGUGAUUAGAAUUAGUUUUAUCAGAACAAUUAAUUUUAUCUAAAAAAGAAUGUAAAAACAGAAUUUCAAGUGGCUUGACCAGCGAAAAUAAAUGAAAAACGAAAAGUA